UGGAGGAUCGUAUACAUAGUCAAGUUCGGACCAAAAUUGAUAACAUCGACACAACACUGCAAAAGCACAUUUCAAAUAGAAGCACAAAACCACAGCUUGCAGAAGAAAGAAGAAAAAGAAGAAGACGCUGAAAUGCGGUAUAAGAUGCGGCUACACUAG